GGUUGAAACUCCACAUUCCAAAAAGCUGCAAUCCCAGAUGAAGAGGUUGUACAGUCCACGCUUACAAACUCACACCCAUCCUAUCGGAGAUGGAGGAAUGCUCUGGCGUACAAAACAUGUACGGCUUUGUAUCACCGACGAAGUGUAUCACCUGCCAAUUACCCAUAUAAUUGUCGAAGUUUUGUUUUCGGUCUAGUGAAAAGAGUUGCUCUUGAACACUUCAAAAAGAUGGCUAGCAUUGAUUCUAUGGUAUCUCAAUUGUUGCAAGCUCGCCAUGGCUUCCUCGACAAUAUCAUCCAUCAUUUAGGAAAACACUCCAAGGCUACAUACAUUACUACAGCGAUAGCUCUUUAUAUUGGUGCCAAAAUAUACAAUGUAUUGUCUUUGCCCAAAAGCUUGCGACACAUUGCCCAUGUUCCAGCGCCUGUAUGGAUGUCUUCUUUGAUGCGUGGAGAAACUACACUUGAUAGAACCAAGAGGUUGCUUAUUUCGCGUAUGACCGAAACAAAUGGCAUGGUCUGUAAGUUUUCCCAGCUAGGAUGGGAAGUCACAGUCAUGAACCCUAAAGCUAUCAAGACAUUGUUGCAAAGAACAGACAUUUUCCCAAAGUCGGAAGUGACGAUUGAUAACUUUGAUAGUAGAUCGCUUAUCCGUCGAUACUUCGGUAAGACCAAUCUCACUCUGGCCAAUGGUCAUGAAUGGAUGCGACGAAGAAAGAUCGCAAACCCCGCUUUCAAACGAGCUCUGCCUGUAAAAAUGUUUGCACGUUUGACAAGCCAGGCGUCAGAGCAACUGGAUCAGUCCAAUGGCGCGCCUGUUAUGAUAGCAUCCUUGAUGCAAAGAUUUACACUUGAUGUCAUCGGCCUUGCUGGCUUUGGCUUUGACUUGAACUCCAUCAGCAGCCCGGAUGGUCAGUGGGUGACAGCCUACAAUGACGUUGCAGAUGGCUUUAUGGCGUUCCCUUUCAUUUUCCUUCCGAUAUUGGAAACGGAAUUCAUCCAGUUUUUUCCAAAUCGCCGCAAGAAACACGAACAAUUGACGAAAUUGGAUGGGUUUUUUGAAAGCAUUAUCGAGCACAAAAGGGAAACUCUAAAAAAUGUAAAUUCGGAAUCGGUAGACGAUAACGAGAAAGACUUGUUGACAUUGUUGAUGGAAGCUGGCCGUGGAGAAGACGAUGAUAGCGAACCUUUGACGAAUCAAGAACUUCGGGAUGAGCUCGUACUCUUCUUUUUUGCUGGACAUGAUACAACAUCUCAUGCGCUGACCUGCGCACUUUACUAUCUGGCCGUUAAUCCAGAUAUCCAAGAGAAGGCGCGACAAGAGGUGCUUGAUGUGUUGGGAGACGCACAGGAAGAAAAGUUCCCGACCAUUCAACAAUUAAGGCAAUUUCCUUAUCUUGCUCGUGUGAUGAAAGAGACUUUACGCAUUGCCUCACCUCCAGUCAACCUGGUCCAGCGCAUCGCACAGCAUGACACAGAGCUAGAAGGCGUGGUGAUUCCAAAGGAUACGUUACUCACCGUCGAUUUUUAUGCAAUUCAUCACAAUCAUCACCUUUGGAAAAACCCAGAGGUCUUCAAUCCAGACCGGUUUAGCGAAGGCGGUGAGCUGGAAUCCAUGGACUCGAGCUACGCAUACUUACCAUUUGGUGGUGGUGGCCGACAAUGCAUAGCGAUGAACUUUAGCAUCGCGGAGCAGAAAGUGGUGCUUUCUGGCUUGCUCAGAAAAUACGACAUCAGUCUUCCAGAAAACUCCAUACACAAACAUAGCCUCCAAUUUGGGCCAAGUACUGGGCUCAUCGUCCCAACCAAAGAUCUUGAACUCAAAUUUAUCCGACGAAACCAAGUUAUUUGAUCAUGAACAUCCGACAUACAUUUCUUCCAUGUCUUUUCUCAGAAAGCAUCUCCUCCUCCAUCUUACUGCGACGCAUGCACUAUAGGCAUAUCAUCUUAUGUUAAUAAAUCAAUUGAACAGUAAGCUAUACGUGGUACUAAUGGCAGGUCAUUAUGUAAUGUAACGUGAAAUCGAUCGUUGUACGAUCGAUGUGUAAAUAACCUAAGGCGGGAAAGGCUUGUUCAUCCAAACAAUUCUACUUUUGUAAUUUGACAAUGCUUAAACAUUAUGAUAAUAGCAUGCUG